AUGAAGCUUGUUAAGCAAUCGUUCGAGAAGGAUUCGAGUGGCUUCAUCACCAUAGUCCCCCAGGAUAAAGAAGAUCUUUGGCAGAUAUACAAUCUCAUCCAAAAAAAUGACGAGGUGAAACUUUCUACUCACAGAAAUGUGAAAAAAGGGUCUGGCAAUAAAGUGGAAAGAAAAGUAAUGACGCUUCGACUUCUGGUAGAAGACAUAGAGUACACUCCCUCAGAUGAGGUGAUGAGAAUUAGGGGCAAGUCUAUGGAGCCAAACGAAUAUGUUCCAUUGCUGAGUUACCAUACGGCUGAGGUUCAAUUGAACAAAUCUUUCACAUUGUAUAAACCAGAAUGGGACGAGAUCAGUUAUGGAAUCGUGGUAAAAUCUUGCUCCAUCGACGAAAAAGCCGAGGUUGGAGCGGUGGUUCUCGAAGAAGGAGUUGCACAUCUUUGUCUUGUAGCCGAUAACAUGACAGUGCUUCGAAACAAAAUAGAGAAACUGAUUCCUCGAAAACGAAGAGGAGAAGAUGGAGGAGGAAACCACGACAAGGCAUUGGACAAGUUUUUUGACAUGGUUGUUAAAACAAUCUUGAGGAAUUUUGACCUUGAUAGACUCAAGGCGGUGAUCUUUGCUUCGCCUGGAUUCACUGCUCAGCUCUUGUUUGACAAGCUUAUGGCCACAGCGGUCCGUGAAGAGAACAAGACGGUGAUCCAGAACAAGUCCAAGUUUAUAAUUGCACAUUCCCUGACGGGAUAUCUUCAAGGAUUAGAGGAGGUUUUGCGAGAUGGUAAAGUGCAGAGCAAAUUGCUGGACACCAAGUUUGCACGAGAAGCAAUGGUUUUCGAAGAGUUUCAGCGAGUACUCAACGAGGAUGAUGGUAGAGCAUGGUAUGGGCCCGAGGAGUGUGCCAAGGCGGUGGAAAUGGGCGCUGUGCGUUAUUUAUUACUCACCGAUACAUUGUUUCGAAGUGAUGAUAUUAAUACUCGAAAACAUUACAUCAAAAUGUCCGAAGAUGUCAGAGCCACCGGUGGUGAACCAUUGAUAUUUAGCAGCUUGCACGAGCUGGGAAAGCAACUCGACAUGUUGACAGGAGAGGCUGUUCUCUUGAACUAUCCAGUGGACUUGGAGUAG